UUUCCUUGACCAAUUCUAUAUGGAAAUGAAUGCGUUUGCAAACGAUGUUUUUGGCUAUGAACAAAUGUUGGAAUCGAAUGAAAAAGGAAAGAAACGCGAAAUGAUAAAAAAAAUUCUUGGAAAAUUUAAAAUGAAUGGUGCUUCAUUGGAAAAAUUCAAAGAAGUAUACCACACAACAACUCAUUCCAACUCUGAUUUUGAAAUCCUGUUGGAAUUGGUGAUCGAUAAUUGUGUCACUAUAAUGGUCAAUGGAAAUUUGCGUGUAUCAGACCCUGCAUAUUAUUUACCAUAUCAACUUUUUAUGGAACAUAUGGACCAAAUGAACACAAAAAAAUAAUUUAGUUUUGUUUUGAUUUUUUGCAACAUUUUGGUUUUCAGUUAAUACAAUAAAAACAAUACUAUUUUUUCGUGAACACAAGUGAACACAAAAUUCUAAAUUUAUUACGUUGUUUGUUUAGUAUUUUUUUAGAAAACAAGUAAAUUUUUUGGUUUUGAGGAAAUUUGUUUAUUGUUGCUAUUUGUGAAGGCGUAGAUAUUUGUAAGUAUUUGACUAUAAUCCUAAAAGUUUUUU